CAGGUAGUCUAGUGGUUAGAGUGUUGAUUGAAUCCCGGAGGGAUUCGCAGGUAGUCUAGUGGUUAGUGUUGAUCGAAUCUCUGAAGGGCGGCAGGUAGCCUAGUGGUUGGUGUUGAUCGAAUCCCCGAGGGGCGGCACGUAGUCUAGUGGUUAGAGUGUUGAUCGAAUCACCGAGGGGCGGCAGGUAGUCUAGUGGUUAGAGUGUUGAUCGAAUCCCAGAGGGGCGGCAGGUAGUCUAGUGGUUAGAGUGUUGAUCGAAUCCCAGAGGGGCGGCAGGUAGUCUAGUGGUUAGAGUGUUGAUCGAAUCCCAGAGGGGCGGCAGGUAGCCUAGUGGUUAGAGUGUUGAUCGAAUCCCAGAGGGGCGGCAGGUAGUCUAGUGGUUAGAGUGUUGAUCGAAUCCCCGAGGAGCGGCAGGUAGCCUAGUGGUUAGAGUGUUGAUCGAAUCCCCGAGGAGCGGCAGGUAGUCUAGUGGUUAGAGUGUUGAUCGAAUCCCAGAGGGGCGGCAGGUAGCCUAGUGGUUAGAGUGUUGAUCGAAUCCCAGAGGGGCGGCAGGUAGUCUAGUGGUUAGAGUGUUGAUCGAAUCCCCGAGGAGCGGCAGGUAGCCUAGGGGUUAGAGUGUUGAUCGAAUCCCCGAGGGGCGGCAGGUAGUCUAGUGGUUAGAGUGUUGAUCGAAUCCCCGAGCUGACAAGGUAAAAAUGUCGUUCUGCCCCUGAUCAAGGCAGUUAACCCACUGUUCCCCAGUAGGCCGUCAUUGUAAUAUAAGAAUGUGUUCUUAACUGAAUGGCCUAGUUAAAUAAAGAUGACAUUUUUUACAACAUUUAAGAGGAAAGAAAAUGAAGAGGUGAGACUUCAUCUACUAAUCAAUCAGUGUUCCUGCUGAUUGGUUCAGCUGCUGUAUAAAAUCAGUAAAUUAUGGUGCAUUCAAGACCACUGGGAACUUGGGAAAAACUAGCUCGGACUGGGAAACAUGAGCUUAGACUGGUGUUGGAUGACAGUGCACAAUGAUUUUUCACAGUCUGCACUUUUUUUCCCCCACCAGAGUUCCGAGUUGUCUUGAAUGCACCAUUAACCUUAGUUUACCUUUUGAGGAAGUGUUUGAGAAGGCAGAGGGCUCCGAGGCGGCCACUGAGGAGAGGCAGAAACUGAAGGCUCGGCUGCAGAAGGCAAAAGAUGUGCUGAAGGCUCGCCUGCAGGAGAUCCAGGAGGCAGAUGAAGCGCUGAAGGCUCGGCUGCAGGAGAUCCAGGAGGUAGAUGAAGCGCUGAAGGCUCGCCUGCAGGAGAUCCAGGAGGCGCUGAAGGCUCGGCUGCAGGAGAUCCAGGAGGUAGAUGAAGCGCUAAAGGCUCGGCUGCAGGAGAUCCAGGAGGCAGAUGAAGCGCUGAAGGCUCGCCUGCAGGAGAUCCAGGAGGCGCUAAAGGCUCGGCUGCAGGAGAUCCAGGAGGCAGAUGAAGCGCUAAAGGCUCGCCUGCAGGAGAUCCAGGAGGCGCUAAAGGCUCGGCUGCAGGAGAUCCAGGAGGUGCUAAAGGCUCGGCUGCAGGAGAUCCAGGAGGCAGCUGAAGCGCUAAAGGCUCGGCUGCAGGAGAUCCAGGAGGCAGAUGAAGCGCUAAAGGCUCGGCUGCAGGAGAUCCAGGAGGCGCUAAAGGCUCGCCUGCAGGAGAUCCAGGAGGUGCUAAAGGCUCGCCUGCAGGAGAUCCAGGAGGCAGAUGAAGCGCUAAAGGCUCGGCUGCAGGAGAUCCAGGAGGUGCUAAAAGCUCGCCUGCAGGAGAUCCAGGAGGCAGAUGAAGCGCUAAAGGCUCGGCUGCAGGAGAUCCAGGAGGCAGAUGAAGCGCUAAAGGCUCGGCUGCAGGAGAUCCAGGAGGCAGAUGAAGCGCUGACGGCUCGGCUGCAGGAGAUCCAGGAGGUGCUAAAAGCUCGCCUGCAGGAGAUCCAGGAGGCAGAUGAAGCGCUAAAGGCUCGGCUGCAGGAGAUCCAGGAGGCAGAUGAAGCGCUGACGGCUCGGCUGCAGGAGAUCCAGGAGGUGCUAAAAGCUUGCCUGCAGGAGAUCCAGGAGGCAGAUGAAGCGCUAAAGGCUCGGCUGCAGGAGAUGUAGGAGGUAGAUGAAGCGCUGAAGGCUCGGCUGCAGGAGAUCCAGGAGGCAGAUGAAGCGCUGACGGCUCGGCUGCAGGAGAUCCAGGAGGUGUUAAAGGCUCGGCUGCAGGAGAUCCAGGAGGCAGAUGAAGCGCUGAAGGCUCGGCUGCAGGAGAUCCCUUAACUGCUACAGAGACGUCAGCAAAGCCAACGAUGUCAAAGAGUGACUGGAGGUUGAAAGCCGGUGAAGCCCUGGCGACUGCCUGAUGUAACUUCCUGAUUAUGUCAUCACAUCCUCCUACUGGCGAUAAAUGGAAUAUCUCAAUUGCAUACUCCUCGUCCUCGUCUCAAUCUCAAAAUCCAUUGGCGGAGAAGGUCAGAGGGGAGAAUGCCUUGAGAUUUUACCCAAGUUGUAAACAUUUUAUGUUCCUAUUUUGUACCGGUCUUGUUUUGUACCUAAUUGAUCUAUGAAUUAUCUUUGUUUGAAUUGUAAAUGGUAAAGAACUUUUAAAAUGGGAAUUGGGUAGGAUGUUAUCCACCUCUUGAAACGAUCAGUGGUGUACCGUAAAUACAUUGAAACAAAGGCCUGGAUUCAAGCCGUACCACUGAAGAGCCACAUCAUAGUGCAAUUGAAAUCCAAAGCAAAUUUCCCAUUGAGCCGACAUAUACAGUGUUUACUGUGAAGGCAGUGCCCGCGAACGUAGUGAAUGAACCUACGGAGUGCACAUCCUGUCUCAGUGGCCAGCCCAGUUGAAUUCACACUGUCAGAGGACUGUUGGUGAGGAACACUGCUGAGAGGGAGCAGAGGCCGAUCAUGGAGUCAUCCAUCACUACAGUCACAGUAUAGAGUCAGAACCACCAUGCUAAAGGUGACUAACAGGGACAUGUGCCUAGUCCUGAGAGAAGGUGACUAACAGGGACAUGUGCUUAGUUCUGAGAGAAGGUGACUAACAGGGACAUGUGCUUAGUUCUGAGAGAAGGUGACUAACAGGGACAUGUGCUUAGUUCUGAGAGAAGGUGACUAACAGGGACAUGUGCUUAGUUCUGAGAGAAGGUGACUAACAGGGACAUGUGCUUAGUUCUGAGAGAAGGUGACUAACAGGGACAUGUGCUUAGUUCUGAGAGAAGGUGACUAACAGGGACAUGUGCUUAGUUCUGAGAGAAGGUGACUAACAGGGACAUGUGCUUAGUUCUGAGAGAAGGUGACUAACAGGGACAUGUGCUUAGUUCUGAGAGAAGGUGACUAACAGGGACAUGUGUUUAGUUCUGAGAGAAGGUGACUAACAGGGACAUGUGCUUCGUUCUGAGAGAAGGUGACUAACAGGGACAUGUGUUUAGUUCUGAGAGAAGGUGACUAACAGGGACAUGUGCUUAGUUCUGAGAGAAGGUGACUAACAGGGACAUGUGCUUAGUUCUGAGAGAAGGUGACUAACAGGGACAUGUGCUUAGUUCUGAGAGAAGGUGACUAACAGGGACAUGUGUUUAGUUCUGAGAGAAGGUGACUAACAGGGACAUGUGUUUAGUUCUGAGAGAAGGUGACUAACAGGGACAUGUGUUUAGUUCUGAGAGAAGGUGACUAACAGGGACAUGUGUUUAGUUCUGAGAGAAGGUGACUAACAGGGACAUGUGCUUAGUUCUGAGAGAAGGACACUAAAUCAGCUUGAUGAUUAGUUGAUCAUUUGAAAUCAGCUGUGUAGUUCUCGGGCAAAAACCAAAACGUGCACCGAGUUUGGGAAACCCUUGUCCUAUGCGCUUGUGGAGAUCUGAGAGCAUAUGAUUGGUGUAAGCAACAUGAUGAAACUUUCACCUAGCCUAUCAGAGGGCAAAGUGGAGCUAUUACCAGAUUGCUUACACAUGUCAAAUCCUUUCUGAUCUCCACAAGGGAGUCGGGGUUGAUUUAGGAUUGGGCCUUUGAGAGAAGUGAGGGAAAAUACUAACAUACCAGCAGCUAUCCUCCUUGAGGACAUGAAUACACUUUACAUUGCAUCAUGGCUAAAUAUAUACAAAUAAACCUUAAUACAUGCAGCUACAUGACAGACAUAUAUUCCUAUACAGUGUUGAAAUGAGACCCAUAAAGAAACUGAGGCUAAACAAUUAUUAG